UGCCGUUUUAUUGCCUGAGGUAAAUCGGAAAGUGGCGCUUGUCUCGUUGGAUGUGUUCUCCCACCGCCGAUGGAGGCGCCCCGAGACAUCCGGCCCGUUUGUUUGUACCGUUUCGAACCAGUCUCGUCGGUUGUAGCAUGGGGAGAGGUGUAGCUACCAAUGUCGACGGUAUAGUGCUUGCAUCUCUCUUCCUUACCCACUGCUAUUCCGUUCUAGCCAUAUUGGACAAGAAAGGUGGUUACGUCGAAGAUGAGCCGCGUAGAAACUACCGAGUCGAGGACUUCUUCUGGAGCGGUUCCGGCGACGGACAGGGCUCUGGCGACGGCCACCCAGAGGCGACAUGGGCGACGACAACGAUAUUCAGAACGACAACAAUCCUCACGACGAUAUACCCGACCCCGGUAUUUUCCAGUACCUGCCAAGGGGACCAGUGUUACAUUUCUCCGACGCCGACGUUAAAACUGGAGCCGUCGACUUCAGUCGCUCCGACGUGGCCACCGACGCAACCUCCGUACUACGACGUGCCCGACCAGAGAUACUGGCUGGUUACUGUCAUCGAAGCGAACACAACAGCCCUCGACUUGUCGCCGGCCGUAUUCGAACAGCGGUUAGCUCAACUUUAUCGAACUGCUUUCCACAGGCAACAAGAAAGACACCUGGGCCUCAGCAAUGACAGUAACCAGCCGGAAAAAGGAAGUCUGAAGAGAGAGAGAAGGGAGACUGUGUCGGUUCGGGUGCACAGGGUGAGCGGUGGUGCAUCGAGAAACGGCAUACUCGAGCUCGUCUACACCGUCAGAGUUGCUGGCAAAGCUGUCGACGCCUCGGUUGCCGCACAAGACAUGCGGCUCGUAGCCGACAACGAGGUCACCGCACAGCUGGGGUUUCCUGUCCUCACUAAAGCCGAACCUUUUCUAAAACCGGCUGAGACAGCCCAAACUUCGUCUCAAAACCGCGACGUAAUACUCAUCGUCGGCGUCAGCAUAAUUACGCUUAUCCUGAUACUACUGCUGAUACUUUUCUUGGUCUUUGGCUUGGGAAAGAGGAAAAAGAAAAUGGCAGAGAGUCGAUCCGGCAUUUUCCACAAGGAGCAGACCGGAAGGGAGAAUUUGGGCUUUCACGAAGAGCCUGAAACAGACAAGAGUUCCCGACGAGGCGGUGGAAAAGAUGUACUCGACGGGGGAAGUCUUUCCAACGAAAGCGAGACCUCGGUCGACGGGAUGGCGACCCGGGUACUCAACACCCCACCGGAGCCGCGGGCCAGGCCGAGGAGUCACAAACCUUCUAGCCCGCAUUCCUACCUUUCCAUGCCGUCCGUUAAAGCUUUCCCGAGGGGUGCGCCAAUACCGGGCCCGUUAGAAAAGGUACUCGAGCCUGAAAACUCGAGCACGGGAGGGCACGUGCUCGCGAGGCACAGCAGCGCUUCCGCGGACCCAGGGGUGGUGGGUCCUCUAGUCUGGGAUCUGCACUGUCAUCGACUCAACAAAAAAGGAAGAAAUAUUGGUUUCUUAUGCUGUACAACCACUGCUUUACCACCGCAUAAUAAAAUGUCAAAUCAAACCAAACAUAAAGACAGUAUCAACAGAAAUAUGAGUAAACGAGAGGAAAACAAUGCUAGUUAUUAAAAUAGCUUAAUCCACUGACGCAUGAUGUAAAUCGAUCUGUACACAACAGAUCUAAGCCAAAACUAAAUUGGACACAGUCAAUCUUGUACAUUGCUGGGGGCAAUAUGCACGAUCACAAAUAUCUUAAGUUUCCUUUGAAAUUAUGUGAUAGGGAGAUGCAAGGGCUCUAGUGGUAAUUCCUGUCAUAGUUGGAUGUCGCUAACGAGGGGUCAAAACCACUUUAAAAUCCUUUCGCCAUAUUAUUCUUUAUUAAAAAGCCAUGGGCUAUGUCGGAAUUCGAACCUAGAACCGAUAGCGUGGCAAGGUACCGAAAAGUCGAUUCUAACAUUCAAUUCUGCUAACGAAGACUUUUUCAAGAAGGCCAUCGCAAAGCGACAAGUCAUGAUAGUUUUUAUAAACCGGGACCUCACUCUCACUUGUAGUCCUAAUAGGUCAUAAUUAUGUUUAAUAGUAGUGCCAUUAGUUUCCGCGAUGGUUCUUUUCCUUAUUCUUAUCACAUUUUCUGAUGGAUCUGCGUUUUUGACAGUUUGGUAUGCCGCAAAAAAGCUCAGAUCCGAUAGGUGCCUUCUGGCCUGUACGCCGUCGUACCCAAACAUAGGUGAUUUUGUGGUUUAUCCUAGUGCAUGGCAUGACAUUUAGUGCAAUAUCAACAAGCACAGGACCGACUUCAGUUCUCCUUGGAUGUCCAUCUACUCGGACUGCUAUGGACCUAACAAGCGCUGAGGUAGUUGCCUUAAAUCCAAGAAGAAUUUUUUAAGAGUUACUAAAGCUGUCUUUUAAUCCCUUGGAUCGGCGUUUUGGGCGAGUCGGUAUGCAGCAAAAGGGUUCAGAGCCAAUAUGUGUCUGCUGUUCUGUACAACGUGGUACCCAAACCUGGGUGAUUUUGUUGUUGUUCCUAGUGCAUGACAUGGCCUAGAUGUAAUAUCGAACUGCACGUUACGACCGACUUCAGUUCCCCUUGGCCGUCCAUUGGCGUUUUUGGCGAGUCGGUAUUCAGAGCCGACAAGUGUCUUGUGCCUUGUAUGAACUGGAACCCAAACAAGGGUGACUUUGUUGUUUUCCCCAAUAUAUGACAUGGCCUUGAUGCAAUAAGAAACUGCACCGGACUUUACUACCAAUAAGCAAGUGCCUUCAGUGCCCCCUGAUGUCCGAGUACAUUCCUCUUAUUUCGUUGCUACUACUUUUAAUCUCCCUGGAUCUGCGUUUUUGGCAGUUUGAUAUGCCCAAAAGGCUUCAGAGCUCUUACAUGUCUUAUGCCCAUUAUGACUUGAAUAAAUCCUAUGACCCAAACAAAGUUGAUUUUGUUGUUUUUCCAUUGUAUGAAAUGGCCUUAAUGCAAACCCAAACUGCUUAGGACUUUACUAUCGAUAAGACAGUGCCUUUAGAACCCCUUGGCUGUGCAAUUAACUAGCCUCUAUUUUGUUACUAAUGCUGUCUUUUGUUCUCCCUGGAUCGGAGUUUUGCCUAUAUGGUAUGCCAUUAAUCUGUUUAGAGCAAAUAGUUGUUUUCUACCCCGUAUGACCUAGCAACAAAGCAAAGUUGAGUUUUUUUGCUUUCCCCAGUAUAUGGCAUGGGCUUGAUGCAAUCCCAAACUACUUUGAACUUUAGUACCGAUGAGGUAGUUGCUUUCAAUCCGAGUAGAUGGCUAUUAAUGUGUUUGUAACACCUAGUCUUUUUAAGGUCGAUAAAUGUCCUGUUUGAAGUUGCCUUGGCCAAAUUAUUCACCUCCUCAGACGGACCUGAUGCCCAAACAAGGAGAGUGCUAUUGACCCCAAGACCUUAAGAUUAUUCUUUUAUGAAAAAAUGUCACAAAAUCCCAGAGACAAAACUUCUCAAAUAUCUUUUCUUCUAUGCUUAACAUUGACCUUAACAUUACCCUCGUGACGCGUUGGGCAGUGAGAGCCACCAUUUAUAAUUUGUUUUCAUAAUAUUAAAAUUAUCGCUUUUAUUAUUAUUUUUAUAUGAUUAUACUUCAUCCCAAGACAUGAAUAAAUAAUACAGUCUAUAUUCACAAAUCUGAAAAGUUAGUUAAGUAUCGGAAUUAAAUUGUACAAAGAUAUGCGAUUAGUGGCAGAAUUGUGAGCGCUUGUCACAUUUAGCGGAAUGCUUCACGCUUCAGGAACAAUUGGUAUGAUUAUAUAAGUAAGUCCUUCGUCCAGAAAAAAUAAAAGUAUAGGUAGGUCAUGGUUGUAACGAUUGUCAUGGUCGUCCUCUUCGUCCAUCAAAGUUGUAGAAAAA